UCCCACAUCGGUUGAAGAGGAGAUUUCUUACAAGAAUUAGAAACCUCUCUCUACUAGACACGUUUUAAAACGUUAAGGAGAAGUCGGGAAGGGAAAAUCUAAAGAGGAUUUAACAUGGUUUCUUUUGUUUUGUUCAUGAUCUCGUAAUCAAAUAGUAGAUGUAUCUGUCGGUUUAUUUGUUGCACUUGCUCUGCCCCCUGUCCAGGGCUACAGACGGUUUUCAUCAAAAGGAACAUCCAUCAGCUGGAGAAACACACCCACGGUACUCCCUGAGAUCAAUAAGAUCGGUUUCAGCAAGCUUUUCCUCUAGUUUUGACAGGCUUACGAGUUUUGGAAACAUAUAUUUCGAACAAGAAAUUAGGAGUAAAGGGUUGGGAUAUAUCAAAAGUAUUUUUGAUAAAAACCCACUACUCCUUCAUUUGUGGAAUGAAAUACUUGUCAUGUUGUGUGUGAUUGCUACCUCUUUGGAUCCUUUGUUCUGUUACAUCCUGGUGGUUGAUGAUGACGAAAGAUGUGUCGGAUUUGACAAGAAGUUGAGGAAAGUAGCUGUAAUUCUUCGCUCAAUCACAGACUUACUCUACAUAAUUCUUAUUGUCUGUCAUUUUCAUCUUGGAUAUUCCUCAUUUUAUAAUGCAAAUAGUGACGAUCCUGAUGAUGGUGUUUGCACAAGAGCAUGGAGAUUUCUUUUAUCCUACUUCACUGUUGAUGUUCUCGCAGUUCUUCCACUCCCCCAGGUGGUGAGUUUAAUACUCAUUCCAAGCCUCAAAGGACACGGAUUUAUAUAUGCAGUGAGGUCGCUGAAAUAUAUUCUCGUCGUUCAAUAUUUGCCGAGGGUCUUUCGAAUCUACUCGUUCUUAAAGAAAGUUAGAUGGAGUUCUAACAUUCUCCCAGAAACUGCUGGGGCUAAAGCUGCAUUCAAUCUCUUCCUUUAUAUGCUUGCAAGCCAUGUUAUUGGAGCAUUUUGGUACUUGUUCACUAUAGAGAGAAAAACAGUUUGCUGGGUAGAAAGGUGUGUACAUUGCCCUCUAAACUGUGACUACGUUACAAACGGCAAUUCGAGUGCUGACAGUUUUUGCUCUGGAAAAGCUGGAAAUGAGUCUCAAACUUUUGAUUUUGGAAUGUUCGAAGUUGGUCUUCGUAUUGUGAAAUCAAGGAAUUUCAUGAGGAAAAUUUCUUUCUGUUAUUGGUGGGGUCUGCAGAAAUUGAGCUCAUUGGGACAAGACCUCAAAACUAGUGACCAUUUGUGGGAAAUCUACUUUGCAGUCACCAUUACCAUUUCUGGGUUGAUACUAUUUGCGCUUCUUGUUGGAAAUUUGCAGACAUAUCUACAGUCAACCAUUGCAAGAUUGGAGGAAAUGAGAUUGAAGGGGCAAGAUAUUGAGCUAUGGAUGGCUUUCCAUUCCCUCCCUAGAAAGUUGAAGAAGAGAAUUAAAAAGUACGAACGGUACAAGUGGCGAGAAACCAAAGGUGUUGAUGUGGAGCUACUUCUUCAUAAUCUUCCUAGGGACCUAAGAAGGGACACAAAACGACAUCUUUGCUCGACUCCACUCAAAAGUGUCCCAAAGUUUCAAAACAUGGACGAUAAGCUACUCAAUGCUAUAUGUGAUUGUUUGAGACCAGUGCUGUACAUUGAGCGUAGCCUCAUUAUUCAAGAAGGAGAGCCAUUGGAUGAAAUGGUCUUCAUAAUUCGAGGCCAAGUAAGGAUAUAUUCCAAAAGCGAUAAUGGCAUUGCAGCUAGUUCCUCACUUUUCAAUUGCCUUACCAAAGGUGACUUUUAUGGAGAGGCUCUUCUAGAGUGGGCGCUACACCAUCCUACUUCAACAACCGUCCCCAUAUCUACCAAAACGCUUCGAGCACACUCGAAAGUCGAAGCAUUUAUCCUCAUUGCAAACGAUUUAAAGACAGUGGUCUCAAAAUUUUGGUGGCUUUUCAGCAGAAACUCUCCAAGUUUGAAAGCAAUAUGGGAACCGUGGGCGGCUUUAGCUUUGCAGGUAGCAUGGCGGCGUUACCGUAAAAGCAAAGUGGAGAAGAAUAAGUCUCGGUUAGGCAUUGAAGGAAGGAUUAAUACUCAGAAAUCAGAUGCCCCAUUUACUGCCUCUACACAUAUUGUUCGUGCUCUUCGGGCUUUAAAGCUAAAGCGCAAAAAAUCAGAAGCAGAAUCUAGCAGAGUUUGAGAAAUGUAGUAUGGUUAGUUCUAUUUAGCUUUCUUUGUAUUUUUAUUAGUGAUCGCUUCCUCUGUAUGUUCAUUACACUGUCCAGCUUGAGAUCCCUGCUUCACGGUUACUUGUUCGUCGUCGUCAUGCUUUAUUUGUCUGCCAAAAUAUGUGUUGAAUAGUUGUAUCCAUCUAAAAACUGAGCUAUAUAAAGUCUAAUGCUGGUUGAAGA